AUGGUCCUAGGGGACUGGGCACCUGCGCCCGUCGGGCUCCUGCGCGAGGCGAUACGCGGCGCCGGCGCUGAGGCGGCCAAGCUGUUGCUCGAGUUGCUGGGCGAGGGCUGCGCGAGCACCAUGACUAGCCGGGCAAAUCGCAUGCCAGGGGGGACACACUCCCACGAGCGAGUACUCCUGUGGCCGACCCACUUCGACGACACGUACGAGAGCUGGGUGAUCCUCACUGCCGACGAUGACUUGUACAUCGAGCGGGUGCGAGAUUGGACUUGGAUCUACGACCUGACCGAGGGGUGGCCGCCACGGCUGCGGGGCGGAGUCGUGAGGUUCAGGACCCCGCUGACGGCGAACGAGGUGCUGGCGAAGGUGCUCGAGGGCCGGGACGAGGCGCUGAAGUACCGGGCCAAGCGCAGGCUGCCGGAGCGCCUGUGCGGGCGGCUGGGCGAGGAGCCGACCACCUUCCUGGACUGGCGUGGGCGCGAGCUGGUCGUCGAGGACAGCGUGCUGAACCGUGUGCGACGUCGGCUGACCAACGAGGUGGUGAGCUCCGAGCUGCGGCUGGCCGAGGCGAGCGGCGACGAGCUCGUCACGCGGCCCGCGCUGGGAGGCGCGGCGGACGGCGGUGCCGGGGGGGCUGGCGGCGAGGCGGGUGCUCUGGUGCCUGCAUCGCCGGCUGCGGCCCCCGACGGCCGCGGUGGAGCUGUGCUCGAGGACGGCGUCUACGUGGUGGCGGAGGUGCGGGCCCCCAACGGCAUGCAGCUUGGCGACCCCGUCGUCGGAGGGCAGGCCGAGAGCCUGGGCGGCUGCCGGGCCGUGGUGCUGCUCGACGACGGCGCCCGCGUGCUGUGCGAGAGAGUGGCGGCGGACGACGUGGCCGGGCGCGGCGCCGCGGGCCAGGUGGACGACCUGCGGGCGGAGUUCGCCGCGGCCGACGCCGGUGUCGACAAGAUCGGAGGCACGGCGACGCCCGUGUCGGAGGCUGAGGCCGAGGGCGACGCGCGGGUUCUGUGCGUCGAGUGGGCGUCCGAGGGCGUCCGGUUCAAGACGUGGCGGAAGGCCGUGGAGGAGAGCACGCAGCUCACCAUGGAGCAGUGCGAGCUCCGUGGCGCGUGCGCUUUCCUCCAUCCGUGCCGCCGUUUUCUUCAGCACACGGGGGGCCCGAAGAUGUGGUUGCUGUCUUUUUGCAGGGGGCACGGGAUCUCGUCGAAGGAUCGGUCCUGCCACGAGCUGACCGCGCUGGUGCAGGCGCUGUGGCUCGCUGGGACCUACGACGGUCUGAACCUGGGGGGCGUCGCAGCUCUGGAGUCGGUGGCCAGGCGCUUGGUGACGAUCGUGGAGGCGCGCAGGAACGGGCCAGCGCUGGGCCAGGCUUCCUGGGAGAGCGCCCGCUACCUGUCGUUCGCGAACAGGGUGGCCAGGGGCGAGGCGGAGCGGCACCUUGCGAAGACGAGGGGUCGCGCUGCUGGUGCCCGGCAAGAGUUCGAGGAGACGGGCGCGGCGCCAGCGCUGGGCGGGCUGCCCGGGGCGAAGGAGGAGGCCAAGGGCGACCCCGAGGGCGCGGCGGCAAAGGCUGGCCGCGCGAAGCCGCGCCUGGCGACCGCUGAGAAGGUUGCCGGGCUGCGGCGCGACGCGCAGCGGGGGGCGCAGCUGGCCGCAGCUGGCUGGGGGCGUCCGAGCAGCGCGGGGCCCUCGCAGCGAGCUCUUCCACAGCUGCUGCGGGGUCACGCCCCCUGCGGGGCCGAGCCCCGAGCAAACCUGGCCUCCUUCGCGCGCGACUGGCUCGGCAUCCCAGGCAACGACGAGGCGCUGGGGCCAGUGCGGCCCUAUGCCGACCCUGUGCUGCGAUCCAAUCGAAAGGUGUAUGUGGGGCGGGUGAAGAGACUCAUACGGAUAGGGCUGGUGCGGCUGGGCGCCAGUAAGAAGUGCGACGUGGGCGUGUUCGUGGUGAAGAACGACGGCGCGCAGCAGAAGCUGAUCUUGGACUGCCAGGCGUCCGACAGGCAGUGCGUUGCUCCCCCGAGCGUCGGCCUCCUGACGGGCGAGGGGCUGAGCCGCGUGGGGCGGCAGGCCGGGGGGCGCGGGGCCGUGUGCCUCGGGGCCUCCGACGUCGAGGAUUGCUUCCACAGGCUGAGGUUCCCCAAGGACUCCAAGCUGGACGAGUAUUUCGCCUGCCCCUAG